AGCAAAGUGGACUGAGACAUCCAUCGGGUGAUCCGGAUGGAGCUGAGUUUCCACAAUGCAGAGUACCUACGGCUGAAUCUGAUGCUCUCAAGUGCUGACCGACUUCAGGCUGAGGUCAUGAGGUUUCCUGCUGCAGCUUCCAUAGAAGCAUCGAAGUGUCUAGCACUGCGCUGAUGGGAAAAGCUAUAAAUACCGGCUAUCUCACUGCCCGUCUAUCGCUCUCGGUCACUCACUCAUUCCAUUCUCUACAGCAAACCUCGAGCUACAAACCUGCCUCCUCUUUCCAUACAACACCAAUCCGUCUAAAACCAACUACUUCCACACCACCACAAUGAAGCUCUCCCUCAGCACCCUCCUCGUAACCGCCCUCUCAGCCGGCAGCGCCCUCGCGGCCCCCGCGCCCGCCGAAUCCAAGUCCAUGAUGGUCGCCAACACGCAAUGGACAAUCACAAACAUGAAGCGCGUCUGCAACACCGCCGACACGAAAUGCACCUGGACGUUCGGCAUCAACAACGGCGCCGCAAACACCCCUUGCACGCUCGUCGUCAACGGCACCCCGGCCUCCCAGACCAACGGCGGGCCCAAGACCUGUGGGCCGUACACGGUCACCUCGGGCUGGAGCGGGCAGUUUGGGCCGAACAAUGGGUUCACGACGCUGGCGGUCGUCAACCAGAACACUCGGCAGAUUGUCUGGCCUGCAUAUACAGAUGUCCAGCUUAAGGGCGGGAAGGUUGUGAAGCCCGAUCAGGCGUAUACGCCUGCGGCUUUGCCCUAGGUUGGGGUUUGGUAGUUGGUUUGGUGGUCGUUGGGGUUGGUUGGUGCCACGCGCCUAAUAUAAUGUCUCUUUUCCUAUGGUUAUAUGGCUCCUGGUCGGUUCAAGGUGCGCCUGUGUCUGUAUUUAGAUUCUCCCCUGGGCCGAUGACGGUGGAGAGAAUUCUAGAGUUCGCUAUCCAUAUGUAAAAAGCAACUGAGCUUACCAUUUUGACUCUCAAUAGCUGGCUGUGUAGCAAAAGAUGCUCUGAUUAGAUGUUCUCAAUGCAUGCCAUCGCAUAUCGGUGCUGCGAUACAGAAAUAAGAGAUAUCCUUGUCAAUUUGUUUCUAACCAGG